AAGACCGCGCCGAAGCGGUAUUCGCGUUAGUUAGUGUGGGUUAAGUGCACUGAGCUUUGGCAUGUUUUAGACAUGGGACAGUCUUGAACACUUACUUCCUGUCGCGUGCACGCGCACCCAAGUAGCCAAGACUGCAAGUGUGGGUGUAGGGACAGGGCCUAAGACUUGAAUUUGAUUGAAGAGAUUUUUCCCCUCGCGGCUUUCCGUAGCGCGACUGGUCUAAGUUUGGAAAUUGAGGAAGUGCGCAGCUAGCGGGCAAAUCACAAAGCACCACCAAACAUCCAACGGUUAUCAGCUUUCACGCAUUAAUAUACACUAUGGCAUAUCAGCUUUACAGAAACACGACACUCGGAAACAGCCUACAGGAGAGUCUUGAUGAACUUAUUCAGACUCAACAGAUUACUCCACAGUUAGCCCUCCAAGUACUAUUACAGUUUGAUAAGGCCAUCAACACAGCAUUAGCCAACCGGGUCCGCAACAGGGUCAAUUUUAGGGGAUCGCUUAACACUUACAGGUUCUGUGAUAAUGUUUGGACGUUUGUUUUAAAUGAUGUUGAGUUUCGGGAGGUGACUGAGCUGGUCAAGGUGGACAAAGUCAAAAUUGUAGCAUGUGAUGGCAAAAACACUGGUUCUAAUGCAGCGGAGUAAGAAUAAGGGGGAGAGAGACAGAGAAGUGAAUUUCUGGCUGAUGGGAAUGAUGAAAAGAUUUGAAGACAAGGCACACAGCAGCUGGGACUGUGUAUAUAUUAUUUAUUACAAGAAACAGUUCUUCAGCCUUCAUACAACAACGUGCUCAGUGGAGGACUGACAAAAGUAUGGAGCACACAAGGCCUUGGAUGUCACAUGGAAUUUUUCUUUUUUUAUAUAUAUAUAUAUAAAUAUGUAUAAUUUUCAUAGAAAUGCUGAUGCUUUUCAGUUUGUCACAAUUUAGCUUAUUCUCUAAUAAACUUGUUUUAAAGGUUGCCAGUUUCUCUUUGAAUGAUGAAAGUUGUGGAGAAUGUCUUAUUGAAUAUUUACAUGGUCGGCUCAUUGGUGAUUCUGAACAGUAAAUCAAGACUGUUGUAGAGUGACUUUAAUAUAAUCAAAAUUAAAUAAUGAAUGUCUCAAUUAUUCAUUAAUUAAGUGCUACAUUCUCACCUUAAACCAUGCAAAUAAAACAAAUAUUUAUUUGAGUA